UAAACAAAGCGUUUCAGUGCGCGACUAUACCGCUCGCGGCUCACUGUUGCAGCCGUCCUUCGGUCCUUGUCAGUUGUCGGUUUUGUUUUUGUUGUUAAGUGUGUUCGACCGUUUAACAAAUCUGCAAAUCGUCCCCAACCGUCGGCCGUCACGUGGAUUUGGUCUUGAUCAUUAUUCAUUAGUCUUGUCGACCAAUUUCAUUAAGCAUAGCCCAUUACGGUUUCGUUAAAUGCUACGUGAUCGGUCUAUAGUUUCGUAACAUAGGUAUUGUCGUCAUAGGUCAUCGCAAUGGCCGAACGUCUGGAAGAUUUAAAUCUACCGGUGACCGCGAUCACCCGCAUCGCCAAGGAAGUGUUACCGGCCAACAUCAUUGUGUCGAAAGAAGCCAAGACCGCUUUGGCCAGAGCGGCAUCCGUAUUUAUAUUGUACGUGAGCAAUCAAGCUACCACGAUCGCGACCAGCAGAAACAAGAAGACCAUCAGUGCCCAAGAUGUACUGGAAGCAUUGUCUCAGGUCGAUUUCGAGUGUCUGAUCGAACCAUUACAACAACUGUUGGAAGACUUCAAGUCGACAAAACAACAAAAGAAAGAUACCAAAAAGCCAACACCAAACAAAAACACAGACGAUGCAGAUGUGAUUGAUUUGGUUGAUGAUGAUCUGGAAUUAUGAUAACUAUUAAGUUUUUUUGAACAUUUAUUAUUUUUAUAAAAUAAUGUAAUUUCUAGUACAAUAAAAAAUAAAAUAAAUGUAUUAUAAUGUA